UGGCAAGCAGGCUGAGGCAGGCACACACGGUAGGUAGGGAACUGAAGGCAGAGGAAAAAACAGGGGUAAGAUGAGGAGCCAAAAACACAGAAAUGGCAGGUUCGCAAGAUUUUCAAAAGUGCUAAAAUUCUAGGACAAACGGGCGAGAAGCGUUACCACAUGUAGAAGGUGAAACGAUCUGGCGAUCGCGUCGAGUGAAGUCCAAACAUUUGUAGGCUGCAGCUUUGACCCUGAUCCACUGAAGCGGCAUACUUUUUGGACCAUCACAAUCGGUGGCAGCGUGAUGUGGGCAUCCAUCUACGCCAUCAACCAGUCCCAGGUGCAGCGCUACAUUUCCUGCAAGACAUUGGGCCAUGCAAAGAUGUCUUUGUAUGUAAACAUGGUGGGUUUGUGGGUGACUGUGAGCCUCGCUGUGUUUGCCGGUCUCACCAUGUUCUCCAUUUACAAGAAGUGUGACCCGUUCACCAAUGGUGACAUUGACACCACUGACCAGUUGCUGCCUUACCUUGUCAUGGACAUCUUGGCAGACUACCCAGGAAUCCCUGGCUUGUUUGUGGCUGCUGCAUACAGCGGAACCCUGAGCACAGUGUCUUCCAGCAUCAAUGCCCUUGUUGCUGUCACUGUGGAAGACUUCAUCCGUCCCAUAUGCAAGAACCUGACACAGAAGCAGAUGACUUGGUUGAACAUGGGCCUGAGUGUAUUCUUUGGCGCCAUUUGCAUCGGGAUGGCUGGCGUGGCUUCAAUGUUGGGAAGUAUCCUGCAGGCAGCUCUCUCUAUAUUUGGCAUGGUCAGCGGACCUCUUCUUGGUCUUUAUCUGUUAGGGAUGCUGUUCCGCACAUCCAACUCCAUGGGAGGCCUGGCAGGAAUGGUACUGGGCCUGGUGUUGACCCUGUGGGUGGGGAUCGGCGGUCAGAUUUACCCGGCAACCAGUGCCAAGACAAACCCUCUGCCAGUCAGCACUGUGGGAUGCAACAGCACACACCUGUACAACACCACCACAACAGCUCCCUGGACCAGUCCACUGACCAUGUCACCUGAUGUUAGGCCUCCAUUAGCAGACUCCUGGUACUCUCUGUCCUACCUCUACAUCUCUUUGUUGGGCACGCUGACCACAGUUGUGAGUGGCCUCUUGGUGAGCAUGAUCACAGGUGGCUGCAAGCAAGAAAAGCUGAACCCUGAUCUCUUUGUGAGGAAAAGUGACUUACUGUGUUUUGGCUGCAACAGAAAAUCCCAGGCAUCAGGGGAAAAAGUCAAGCAUUUCCCACACUUUCAAACGCGAGCCGACAAGUCAGGACUUGCACACCCUGAGCUGACGAGAGAGGACGUUGAGAAAGUGACCAAACUUUAGGGUCAGAUCAUCACAUUGCACCUCUGAGAUGUAUUCAUCACACAUAGCAAGAUGGCCCCUGCUGCUGGAUCUGUCUUUAAACACAUGUUCCAAGCCUUUGAUGGGUUUGUAUUCAAAUGAAAUGUAAUAUUACUGUGGACUUCAGCAGAGUCAAAUUCCUGUGAAGAAUCUACUCACUCACCACUAGAUGUCACCAGACGGUAUGUCAAUGGACUAAAGAGCAGUGGUCGCCAACUACCAGGACAAGAGAAACAUGAAAUCAUUUAUAAAGGACUGCAUUGACUUUGGCCUGUGCCAAUAGACACACCAUAAGCUUGUUUAUAGAUGUACAAUAAACUUUUUAUGGGGAGUUGUUAUAACUUUGACAUGGCACAAUGCAUAUUAGCCAACAUACCAAAUAUAAAUGUGACAGAUUGUUGCCAAAGGCUGAUUUCCAUCUGCAUCUCAUUGCAAAGAAACAAGCUCCCACUAAUUCAGUGUUAUAGUGAGUUGUAUCUCUCAUGCACUUAUGUCUGCUGUUUUUAUGUGGCACAAGUGGAAAACCGGUCCCUGAAGAGAAUGCCGACAUUAAACCGGUCCGUGGUGCACCACUGUAUGGACAACACUGGCACCAUGUUUUGUUCGAUUACAACUGCAUUUUAAAGUCAUAUUUCCUUUUCUACGCACUCUGUCAGCGAACUGCCCUCUAAAUAAAUA